CGGCCAGUAAUCAGAGACAUGUGCCAUGGGCCCAGGAACACUAAUACGGUGUACAGAUAUCAUCAUGGCCUCUGAAUGCGCGUUCGACUAUGUCUACCUUGGAAAGAGUGGUCUCAAAGUGUCCAAUAUGUGCCUGGGAACAGCAAUCUUUGGUGACCCGAGUGAUCGUGGUUGUAGCAAGGAUACAAGUAUCAAGAUUUUGGAGAAGUUUUCCAGUCUUGGUGGCAACUUCAUAGAUACUGCUGAUGUAUACAACAUGCAUGGUCGUGGUGACAGUGAGAGGAUCAUCGGCGAAUGGUUGGCGACGAAACAGAGGGAUGACUUUGUGAUCGGGACCAAGUUGUUCUUCCCCAUGGACCAAAAGAACGUCAACAGUCGGGGGCUCAGCAGGAAACACAUUGUCAAAAGUAUUGAAGAAAGUCUUGACAGACUUGGAACUAGCUAUGUAGAUCUAUAUACGAUGCAUUGUUGGGACUAUGGGACCCCUAUUGAGGAAACACUCCGAACAUUCAACGAUCUUGCUAGACAGGGUAAAGUACUGCAUAUAGGUGCAAGUAACUUCACAGGGUGGCAGCUACAGAAGGUCGUGGAUUACUGUAAAUACAUGGGCUUAGAGCCAGUCAUAUGUACACAGAUGCAUUACAGUCUGCUGACGAGACAGGUUGAGUACGAGAUCAGUGAUCUCUGCAGACAAGAAGAAAUAGCCCUGAUGCCAUGGAGUCCAUUAAAAGGUGGUUGGCUAUCUGGGAAAAUGCAACGAAAUAGUGACGCAGCACCAAGUGGGAGCAGAAUAGCAUGGUCCCAGGAGGACCCCGCUAGGAAGCAGGCUCUCUCACAGCCCGACUGGGACACAUUUGCCAGCCAGGAAUCAACCUGGACACUGCUAGAUACAAUCGAAGCUAUUGCCAAAGAAGAGGGUAAAACAAUGGCCCAAGUGUCCUUGAGGUGGCUUCUGCAGAAACCCUCAGUGGCAUCUAUAGUGAUUGGUGCUAAGAAUGAGGAGCAACUUACUGCCAAUGUUGGAGCAUCUAAGGGAUGGUGUCUAUCAGCCGACCAGAUGAAUCGUUUAGACGAUGCCUCUGCUCUUCCAGAGAUGUACCCCUAUGCUAUGGUUAACAGGCUAAACCAGGGCAGAUUCAGGACUGAAUAUAAAUAACUAUCUUCAGUGAGAGAACCACGUCAAAAAUAAUUCACACAUAGCUAAGCAAGGUGUGUCAGAUUCCAGCCAAUCCGAACAUGGUAUUUCAUAUAAAUGAUGUGCAUUAUAUAUCCAAUCACCGGACCCAAAGUCAUUCAUUGAAUGGUCAUGUUUGUCAAGGUGACAACUUGACUGCAUAUUGAAACUGAUGCUUUGCCAACUUGACUCUUGCAAAAAGUUUCUUUGAAAAUAUGUUCUUUUUGUUAUUUUUUAGAUGAUUUCGGAGAAAAUAUUUUGCAAAGUGUGAAAAGAAUGUACAUGUAAGCGCUUUUAUCCUGUUUAUAAGACUUGAUGCAUUGUGGCUGAUUCAUAACACCGAGGCGUUGUUUCUUAAACCUGGAUCUCUGCUGCGCGGUCAUGCAGAUUUGAAAACAACACAUUCAAGGGAAUGAUUCAGUUCACAAUGCACCAAGUCCAGGGCUUGAUCCUUAAAACACACUUGUGUAUUCUUUUCUCCAAUGGUUAUUUUUAUUUCGAACGAUAGCAGCUUAGACAAUUCUCACGAUAAUAUCAAUAAUAUUCCUUAAAAAGCAAGAAGCAAUGUAGUUUUGAUAUUUCUAAUAAAGUUUACUUUGGAACUUUUACAUUAACAUUUACACUACCAGAUUCCAACUCGAGUGUGCUUUGUUGAUUUCAUGACAAAAUUAUGUUACAUAGACACAUGCAAGAAGUUAAAUGAGGAUUUCAAGUAUUGACAAUGACGUGAUGUCAAACAUUCAAAUGGGAGUUUAGUAUAAGACUGUAUUAAAGGUUGUAUCAGUAUAAUAAAUAUAUCAGAAUCUAAUGAAAGAUUGUUGUUUGAUCACAUGAUUUUCAUAAUUUAU